AUGGCGUCCCGCAACGGCCUCUUCGCUCUGUUAUCGCUGAUCCUCCUCGCCGGCGGUCUCCUGUUCAUGUUCUUCAUCCUUCUCGCAGGCGCAGUUCAGCACGGUCCGGUCAACAAAUUCUACAUCCUACAAGCAGAUACGGCGAAUAUACCAGGAGCUCCACCUGUGUCCAGGUGGUCAUAUUGGAACGUGUGCGGCGUUCGGAAUGGACGCACACACUGCGGCGACCAACACUAUUCAGAUGUCCACCCGGCAUUCCCACUUGAUCCUUCAUCUCAUCGAACCUUUGACACUCAGGUGAAUGUGCCUCGAAAUUUUGUCGAACACCAUGGCUACUACUUCUACAUGACUCGGUUCAUGUUUGCUUUCAUGCUCAUCGCUCUCUUCUUCGGCGUUUGCGCCUUGUUCACCGGGUUGCUGGCCCUGUGCACCCGACUGGGCUCCUAUCUAAGUGGUCUCUUGACCAUGCUGGCCAUGAUUUUCCAGGCCAUUCAAGCAUCCCUUAUGACGGCUGCUUAUGUCAAAGGGCGCAACAACUUUCGGAACAACGGUCAACCGUCCGAUAUUGGCGAGUAUGCCUUUGGCUUUGAAUGGGCAGCCUUUGCCUGCUUCUUCAUUUGCACCCUUCUCUUCUGCAUGGGGGGAUCGUCACACCGCGAGCCUAGCACUAGCACGCGACGAGGAUUCCGGUUCCGAGGACGAAGGAGUAGGAGCACAAGGAGCCGAGGCAGCUUUGUUCACGACAAGGAGUACGGAUCAUAG